UCAAUGUGUGAGAAGCUUUCGAAAAAUUACAGAGAGACUAUAGUUUGGUUAUGACAGAGUAACUACUAUAACCGAGGUAAAGUACACAAAACUGACCAAUUUAGAUACAGGAAAAAAGUAAUGAAUUCCAUCUAAAUAUUUUGUUAGCUUCACUUUGUUUGGUCCCAGAUUCCUUUUACUUCACAAUAUAUAAUGAGAUAUCGAUGUGGUUGUUUAAUGAUUUUAAAACUACAAAAAAAAUGUUCAUAUAGCGUGACAUAAUCGAAGGUAGUUUUUUUCCGAAAUUCUUCAAAAGCUCGAGAACAAAUCAUCGUCCAAGGUACUUCUCGACAAGUAUGCACCAAGUUUCGGGUGGAAAGGUAAUGUUUGCCCGUCGUGAUAGCCAGACAAUAAUCAAUCUGAUGACAAUUAUUCAGAUCCUUAAAAAAAGGCUUUAUCCAGUUUCAAAGCGGUCGUUAAUUAGGCAAGGCUCGCCGAUGACGAACGUUCAUUAAAGUAGUCGCAGAUUAAAAUCCCGAACGCAAUAAUACAUCUUAUUGUCCCUAGCACUUACCAACAUCGAAAACCAGAAUUUCGUUGGAUUCUGUCACUUCCUCAAGAUCAGAAAGCCAACGAACUCCGCCAAAUACGUAAAGUUUAUCUGCAAUGGCGGCCGCGCAAUGUCCGUCACGAGAUGGCAACUUUGCGUCCAUUUCUACUUUCUUCCAUUCAACUUUUAUAUCAUUUAGAAGCCUUGUUCCAUAAGUAACCGGUGCUGAUGAUUCACUUCCCAUUUUUGCCUUGAUAAUAUAAAAAAAAUUUAAAGAAAACGUGAGCACACGACUGAAUGAACCUAAUCGUUUAGUACUGCAGCGCGAAAUUCAGAUUUUGGCGGGAAAGUCUCUAACUUGUCAAUGACAAGACUGGCCAAUCACAACAAACAGUAGCAAAUCGAUUUCGUCCAACAUGGCUGACGGUACAGGGAAAACUGCCGAUGUCGCAGAAGAGAAAAUACCUUUCAAUUUUUUCAAGAAAAUACCGAAAAUUGAACUUCAUGCCCACAUAAAUGGAUCCAUAAGCACAGAGACGAUCGAGAAGCUCAUCAAAAGAAAAGUUGAGCAAGGAAACAAUGACUGUCUUGUGUCCCAGUGGCAAACAACAAUUCACAAGGGAGAACAGCGAGAUUUAAGCGAUUGUUUGUCAAUGUUUGGCAUUAUUUACCAGCUUGUAGAUGACACUGAAGCAGUGUUUCUGGUGACAAAAAGUGUUAUUGAAGACUUUGAGCAGGAUAAUACAAAGUACUUAGAACUAAGAAGCACACCCAGGGCCAAUCCUGAGACAGGGAUGACAAAGCAGUCCUACAUAGAAGCAGUCUUAAAGGCUAUUGAGGAAGCUAAAAGGACAGCCCCCAACAUAACAGUGAGAUUUAUACCUGCAAUAAAUCGGAGGCUUGGCCCAGAUGAUGCCAUGGAUACUGUGCACUUAGCCAUACAGUACAAGGAAAAAGCCAAAGGGAUUAUUGUGGGCCUAGACUUAAGUGGAGAUCCAAAGGCACAUGAUUCAAACAAUUUUAUUCCUGCCCUGAAACUGGCCAGAGAAAAUGGCUUAAAACUUGCCUUGCACAUUGCAGAGGUUCCUGACCUGGAUGAAUCAAGAGUGUUGCUAAACUUAAUCCCAGACAGAAUAGGACAUGGAACCUGUAUUCGUCCCGAAAAUGGUGGAUCAGAAGAUUUUGUGAACAUAGUAGAGGAACACUCUAUUCCUAUUGAACUUUGUCUCACAUCCAAUGUGAAGACCAAGACUGUUCUAUCAUAUUCUGAACAUCACAUGGGCUAUUGGUACAGCAAACAGCAUCCUUGUAUUGUUUGUACUGAUGAUAAGGGUGUGUUUUCUACAACAUUAUCAGAAGAAUACUCUCUGAUGGCCAGGACAUUCAACCUCACAGAAGAACAAGUGUGGAACUUGACAUUUCAAAGUAUUGAUUAUAUUUUUGGAGGAGAGAAUUUAAAAGAUGACCUUAAAGAGUUGUGGAGAACUGAGAAAGAAAAGAUUAUUUCUUCACUUCAUUAACAAUUUGAUCUGAACUUAUGUAUUACCACUUAUAAUUGUUAAUUAUUUUUAUCAAAUAAAAAACUCUUGACAUA